UUUAUAAAUUUUUUUGCCCCUUUUUGCUAUUGCUAAAAAUACCUAUGUUAGUUUCAAUCUACUUACCUAUUUUUUUUGAACUUUUUAACUACAUAUAUUUUAUAACGUCAUGGGUUACAUCAUUCUCUAGGCCACAAAAUGUCUGCACAAACAUUAAAUAUAUUUAAUCCUUUUAAAUUUAUCAUUUUUUCUUCUAGUUUUCUUGUCACACACAAAUACACACACACUUCAAUUUCAGUCAUCUUUUUUACAAAUAAAAAGAAAAGAAAAUAAAUUAUUAAAUAAUUUCCUUUUUUUCCCAUAACUUCAAGUGGCCUUUUUUAAUUUUUACAACAAAAAAGAAAAGUAAAGGAGAAUGUCUUAUCCAAAUGCAAAGAUUUUAUUUACUCCUUUCAUUUUUAAUAAAAUUCAAAUAAACAAUCAAUAUAUGGGAACAGUUUCAAAAAUCAAUAAAAUUGUGAAACAACGUUCAUUAAAUGAAGAAGAUUAUUUACAAAUGGAUGGAAGAUUUAAAAGAAGUUUUGAUAAUUCUGAUUCAAAACAAAAAAUUAUUUUAAAUACAAAAUCUCUUCGAAAAUGUUAUGAAAAGAAAAUUGAUGAACCUUUUCUACUUGAAUCUAAUAUGAAAAAAUGUCCAUUUGAUCAAUUCGAUGAUUGGUUCAGAAAUAUUUGUGAAAUUGAAGAUUUGACUCAUAAUGAGGUUAAUGCUUUUGCUCUCUCUACUGUUAGCUCUGAUUGUAAACCAAGUUGUAGAAUGUUACUUUUAAAGGGAUACAAUGCUGAUGAAGGUUUUGUAUUUUUUACACAUUCUUUGAGUAAAAAAGGUUGUGAAUUAGCAUUAAAUAAAAAUGCUUCAAUGCUUUUUUAUUGGCCAAAAGUUGACAGACAGAUUCGAAUUGAAGGAAUUGUGAAUAUUUUGGAUUCUAAAAUUGCUGAUGAAUAUUGGAUACAGAGACCUAUUGGUUCUAGAAUAGGUUCUAAAUUGAGUGAACAAAGUUGUACUAUUCCCAACAGAGAGUAUUUGGAGGAAAAACAAUACAAAUUAGAAUUACUUUUAAAAAAAGAAGGAGAGGGGGCUAUAACAAGACCGACAGAUUGGCUUGGUUAUUCACUUAAACCAAAUUAUUUUGAAUUUUGGCAAGGUCAGGGGAAUAGAGUUCAUGACCGUAUAGUUUAUGAAUUGAUGAAAAUAAAUAAUGAAAAUACUCAGAAUUGUGCUAAAGAAUUUAAUAAAUGGAAAAUGUCGAGACUUGCGCCUUAA